ACGCAGAGUACUUGGGACCGACUCCCAGUUUAUCCAUGGCUGCUCUUCUUUCCUUAUCUUCAAGUUCCUUGACCAGAACAGCCAUUGCUCUGCCUCAUCCAACCACUUCCUUCAAGGGAAAUGUGAAGAUUCUGAACUCAAAGCAGUUCAGCUUUUCUUCACUCAAGCUCAAAUUCAAGGUGGGAGAUGGAAAACCAUUGGUUGUUCGCAGCCAGGCCGCUGCGUCUUCCUUGUCUGCCUCUCCCGUCGAGAGUGUGCGGUUCCGUCUGGACAAUCUUGGACCACAGCAAGGUUCGAGGAAGAAGGGCAAGAGAAAGGGGAGAGGUAUAUCGGCGGGACAGGGUGGUAGCUGUGGAUUUGGAAUGAGAGGACAGAAAUCAAGGUCUGGGCCUGGUGUAAGAAAAGGAUUCGAAGGUGGACAGAUGCCUCUUUAUCGGAGAAUUCCCAAACUUAGAGGAAUUGCAGGAGGUAUGCAUGCUGGGUUACCUAAAUAUGUGCCAGUGAAUCUGAAAGACAUUGAAGCGGCAGGAUUUCAGGAAGGGGAAGAGGUCUCUUUGGAAAGUUUGAAGGAGAAGGGCUUGAUCAACCCAUCAGGAAGAGAAAGGAAACUCCCAUUAAAGAUUUUAGCUGAUGGAGAGCUAAGUGUGAAGCUAAAUAUCAAAGCUCGGGCUUUUUCAUCAGCAGCAAAAGAGAAGCUUGAAGCUGUUGGCUGUUCCCUUACUGUAUUACCUGGGCGAAAGAAGUGGGUUAAGCCAUCAGUGGCUAAGAACCUCGCACGGGCUGAUGAAUACUUCGCAAAGAAAAGGGCUGCAGCAGCUGCUGCAGAACAAGCUGACUGACUCCAAAAUUGCGGUUGGUGACAAAUUCCAGGUUAAAUCUCCUCCUCAGUAAUUUUGGGCCUUAGCUAAUUUGUGGGCAUUAAGUCCAAUUUCACAUAGUUGUCUGAUUGAAUUGAUGAUUGAUUUUCAAGUGCAAAAUUUUCUCUCUGAAGAUGUUGACGCUCUCUUUUACUUAUAUUAAAUUACCAUAACCAUUAAAAAA